CACUACUGUGUAGUACAUUUCUGUCGCGUUGUCAAUAGCACAACUAAGCUAGCGUUGUUUUUAAUAAAACUAUAUUAAGCUUUAGUUGAACCGAGUUGUGAUUGUGGUCAAGAUGAGCAAAAAGGAGCUGCCCGCGGAAGAGUUGGUGAAGAUCAACAAGUGGGACGGAUCGGCGGUGAAGCAUGCGCUGGAUGAUGCGGUAAAGACAUGCCUGCUGGGCGAUCGCCCGUAUCUGAAGGAACAGUUUGGACUAGUGAACACACGCUUGGUGCUCUGCGCGCUGGCUGUCGGCGUAGCCAUCAUGGCGCACGCCUGGGACUUUACACACCCAUUCCCCGAGUCCCGCACCGUGCUCCUGUUCAGCGUAUUGGCCUACUUUGCGCUCAUGGGCGUGCUAACGCUGCACACCACAUUCCGGGAGAAGGGCACCUUUGUCGUUGCCUCGCAGAAAUACAACAAAAGUUACCGCACCUGGGAGGCCAGCUCCGAAAUGAAAAAGUACGACGACAUGUAUGUUCUACAGCUGAUUGUGCGCGAUGAGCGCGGACAUUGCGAGGCAAGCAGCAUCGCCUCCUGCGCCAACUACAUCGACAGCCAGGGCAUCGUACUAGACAAUCUGGUGGCCUUGGAGGUCAACCGAAUCUUCAACUGGCUGCUGCAUGAGAAGCAUUAAGUGCAGACGCAACACAACCAAACUUAUUGUUUAACAACAUUUGUCUGCUUUGUAACAAUUCGUUGUUCUACUGCUAAGCAACAUAAAUGCUUUUCUUAAUUAGAUUUUUUUUUAAUCUUUCUGUUCUUUCAUACUAUAUUCCCUCUCAUUAAAUUAAUCGUAGUAAUCCGCAGAAAAUGCUUGUAAACACACACACAUU